CGACAAAGUCAGUGUUUAUAAUUAUCGGAAGACAGGCGGAAAACCACUGUAAUCGUGAUCUGUCGAAUGGCAUCCUCGUGGAAACUCGAGCGUUACGCACGUUACGUCACAAAUAUUCCAGGCGGGCACUGGCAGUAUUAUGACGACGCCAAGGAGGAACUUCGUCUGACUUUGACCGACAGUGAUCACCUGGUUCUCUUUCAAGGAUACACCGUGAUGGAAAGUCUUUCUCUGAAAACAUCCAAGGCGUGGAUGCGAGGAAUGGUUAAAACGGACAGCAUGCUGCUUAUGUACAAGGUCCAGGUAAGAAAUGCCACCGCCAGAGUGAAGUUUUUCACGCCUCGGAUUUUAAACCUGAGCCAUUGGGAAGAAACCCGGCGAUUCAGUGUGAAGUUUCACGCCUCGGAUCCCGCCAUUGGGAAGGCGAUUUGUGACGACUGUCUGCAGAAACUGGCCAACUAUUUCCCCAUCAAGAUGGCAUCCGAGUCUCAAACCAGUCUCACUAGUAACUCAAUACACGAUAUGACCGACUAUGUUAAGGGCGAGAAAGAUGGAGAGAAAAAGAAAGAGAUGGUCAGCACACUCUAUGCCAACGACCAAAAGAAACGCACAGUGUUACAGGGUCAGAAUGUUUCAUCGAUUGCAGAGGAGAAACCGGAGAACGAAAAUAAAGUCAAGAAACUGAGUGGUGACGUAACACUGGGGCAGAUAGCAGAGGUGGUAACAGGCAAGGUGAACACAGAACUCCCUGCGGCAUACCAGCAGUGCAAUGUGUCGAAGGAGAAUAUCAGCACGAUGGUUCGACUCUGUCUGACGGACCCGGCAUUCCCAGCUUUCGUUGACUCGGUAGAGCAGGAACUUAACAAGAUUAUGGCAGAAAGCAAAACAUAGAUUGCAGUCUUACUUUGUCCAUAGUGAUCAUUAUUCCACUGGUAUAUAUAGAUACUGGUAUAAAUAUAUAUUAUGGAAAUGUUAUAUCAUAUACAUGUACAUGUAUAUUAAAUGGAAAUGUUAUAUCAUAUACAUGUACAUGUAUAUUAAAUGGACAGUCCCUAGUUUUA